AUGCCGGACCGCAACGCGGCGCCGCUGGGUCGCGGGAGAGGCGCGGGAGGGGGAGCGGGGGGAGCGGAGGAGGAGGAGGAGGAAGAGGAGGAGGAGACGGGUAAGGAGAAAAAGGAGGUUAAAUACGACGAGCAUCAGAAAUUUGACGAGUUUGAAGGGAACGAUAUGGGACUGUUCGCGACGGGGGAGUAUGACGAGGAUGAUAAAGACGCGGACGCGAUUUGGGAUAGCGUCGACGAGCGCAUGGACGAUCGGAGGCGCGACCGGCGCGACGCGCGGCUGAAGGAGGAGAUCGAGAAGUACCGCGCUUCGAACCCGAAAAUCACGGAGCAAUUCGCGGAUCUGAAGCGCGGCUUGGGCCAGAUGUCGACCACUGAUUGGGACAGCAUCCCGGAAAUCGGGGAUUACAGCUUACGAAACAAGAAGAAGCGGUUCGAGAGUUUCGUCCCUGUACCGGAUACGCUUUUAGAGAAGGCGCGUCAGGAAAAGGAACACGUGUCGGCGCUAGAUCCGAAGGGGAAAGGGGCCGUUUUGGGCGGCACUGAAACGCCAUUCGCAUCGCAGACGCCUGUUACAGAUCUGACGGCUGUGGGUGAAGGACGCGGUACAGUGCUGAGUCUGAAGCUGGACCGCCUCUCUGACAGUGUAACGGGGCAGACUGUAGUGGAUCCGAAGGGCUACUUAACGGAUCUUAAAUCCAUGCGGAUUACCUCCGACGCGGAGAUCUCGGAUAUUAAAAAGGCGCGCCUGCUGCUGAAAUCCGUGAUUCAGACAAACCCUAAGCACGCGCCAGGGUGGAUAGCAGCAGCGCGGCUGGAGGAACUUGCUGGGAAGCUUCAGGCAGCGAGGGGGUUUAUCCAACGGGGCUGUCAGGAGUGCCCUAAAAACGAGGAUGUGUGGUUGGAGGCGUGUCGCCUUUCCUCCCCCGACGCGGCUCGAGCCGUGAUCGCGCGGGGGGUGAAGGAGAUCCCGACAUCUGUCAAGCUCUGGAUGCACGCCGCCCGGCUGGAGAAGGAUGACGUGGCAAAAUCCCGCGUUUUAAGGAAGGCUCUAGAGCACGUGCCGGAUUCGGUGCGUCUGUGGAAAGCGGUUGUGGAGCUAGCCAAAGAGGACGAUGCGAGGAUUCUUUUGUCCCGGGCAGUUGAAUGCUGCCCGUUGCACGUGGAACUCUGGCUGGCUUUGGCCCGUCUAGAGGUCUACGAAAACGCCAAGAGGGUUCUGAAUAAGGCUAGGGAGGCUUUGCCGACGGAACCGGCUAUUUGGAUUGCUGCUGCGAAGCUGGAAGAAGCGAAUGAUAAUGAAGGGAUGGUGGGGAAGAUUAUAGAGAGGGCAAUCCGCGGGUUGCAGAGGGAAGGGGUGGUGAUUGAUAGGGAAGCGUGGAUGAGGGAGGCUGAAGCAGCAGAGAGGGCGGGAUCGGUUGCCACGUGUCGCGCUAUCAUUCGCUCGACGGUCGGUAUGGGGGUGGAGGAGGAGGAUCGGAAACGAACCUGGGUGGCAGACGCGGAGGAGUGUAUCAAAAGAGGCUCGGUGGAGACGGCUCGGGCGAUUUUCGCGCACGUGCUGACCGUUUUUCCGGGCAAGAAGUCGGUGUGGCGGCGGGCAGCCCAGCUGGAAAAAACGCACGGGACUCGCGAGUCAUUGGACGCACUGCUUCGCCGGGCAGUCACGUACUGCCCGCAGGCCGAAGUCCUGUGGCUCAUGGGGGCAAAGGAGAAGUGGCUAGCAGGAGACGUCCCUGGUGCCCGAGCUAUUCUAGAAGAGGCAUAUGCUGCCAUUCCGGAUUCUGAGGAGAUCUGGUUGGCUGCUUUCAAGCUAGAAUUCGAAAACAGGGAGCCGGAGCGAGCGAGGAGGCUUCUUGCUAAGGCGAGGGAGAUGGGAGGGACGGAGAGAGUGUGGAUGAAAUCGGCCAUUCUAGAGAGAGAGGUCGGAGAUGUGGAGGAGGAAAAGUUUCUGUUAGAGUCGGGGUUGCGGCUCUUUCCCGGGUUUCAUAAGCUAUGGCUCAUGCUCGGGCAGCUGGAGGCUCGCCAGGGCAGGACCGGGGCUGCCCGGGAGAUUUUCCAGCGCGGGCUGAAGAACUGCCCGGGAAGUAUUUUCCUCUGGCUGUGCGCUGCGAAGCUGGAGGAGGAUUUAGGCGCGGUGAGCAAGGCUCGGGCGAUUCUGGAGCAGGCUCGGCACAAGAACCCGCAGACGCCGGACCUCUGGCUGGCUGCGGUUCGGACGGAGGCUCGGGCCGGGAACAAGAAGGCUGCCGAAGCUACCUUAGCCAAGGCUCUUCAGGAGUGCCCCAGCAGCGGGAGGCUAUGGGCAGAGGCGAUCGAGAUGGCGCCGCGGCCGCAUCGGAAAUCCCGCAGCGUUGACGCUCUGAAGAAAUGUGAUCACGACGCGUACGUUGUUGCUGCGGUGGCUCGGCUUUUCUGGGCGGAUCGGAAGGUCGACAAGGCUCGGAACUGGUUCGGCCGAGCCGUGACCCUAGCUCCGGAAGUGGGGGAUUUCUGGGCGCAGCUGUGGAGGUUUGUGAAGGCGCAUGGGACUGAGGAGCAGAGGGGGGAGGUGGUUAGGAGGUGUGUUGCUGCCGAGCCGAGGGAGGAGGCGGCUAAGACGGCGGCUGGUGCUACUGCCUCUGCUCCUGCCGCUGCUGAUGGUGCGCCUGCGAGUGUGAAUGGGUCAGGUGCUGCUGCACCGAUGGCGGCUGAUGCGUAG